GAGUGAGCAAGUCGGGAUCGCCAUCGCGGCUCUUGUCGAGUCUGGAGAAGUGGGCCAAAUCGAAUGGGUGAUCACGGUGCGCUGACCAUUCCCUGUGUGAGUGCGCGGGCUGUAUCUAUCUGACAGGCGCUGGCAACGGUAGUCCUCAAGUGGAAGAAAGUUGCCGAAGAAGUAGACAAAAACGCAACUGGUACGGCGGACUCGGAAUCGGAUGACGAGCAGAAAGUUCGGACAGGGCAUAUGGAACGAGGUCUCGAUGUGCGGCCUGAAGUGCAAGCGGCAAUGGUGGACUUUCAGGUCCCGUUUCCACUCAACGAGAUGGCUGAAGCUUUUUCGACCAACCCUCGACUACAGCUUUUGAUGCGUCUCGUCAAAUUCGUCGCGACGGAGUCAGGUCCGGAUGUCACGGAAUGGGAGUGGACCAUGCCCAAGGAGGUGCCGCCAGCUGAGCUGGAGAGGAUGAAAAAGGUUAUCGAGCAGUUUUUGGAGACGCCAAUCAACCUUCAAGGGAAGAAGGCGAGCGAGCUCAUGACCAAGACGAGCCAAAGGCGGCGGCGGUCACCGUCACCGUCUGCUUCGGAAUCGGGCUCGGAAAGCUCCGGAGGUCAAGGUGAAUUUGACGACAAGAAGAACUCCAAGAAGAAGAAGGGGAGGAAAGCAAGAACGAAGGAUCGCAGCGAAAAUACCCGGAAAGAGAGACAACAGCAAGAGUACAAAUCCGCCCAAUUCAUUGAGGACAGCGACGAAGAGUACGGCGAUAUCGAUGCAUUUUUGGAGAAGGAGAAGGUCAUGCGAGAGCGAAUCUUGUUGCAGAUCGAGAAAACAGGGAUGGAGGCACCCAUGCAGAAGACUGGCACCAAGAAACGUCGCAAGAAAGAUGGGCUGGAGGGUUCCAAGCGAAAGAAAAAGCGGCCUGACGAGGAGGCCGAUGACGUCUUCGAGUCCCAGCCAGUAGCUCAGACUCGUCCCCGUCCCAAACCGAAACCCAUCUUCAAAGCCAAAGCCGAUGAGCUCCCGGUCGAUUCCACGAUGGAUGUCGACGAAGACAGCCAGCACGAUAGCGGAUCUGCUGCACUCGAUGCAGCAGAUCCAGACUCGGACUCGGCGUGCCCUCGGCGAAGACCAAGGCGAACUGUUGCUAUCUCAGACGACGACGACGACGUCGACGAAUGAGCCCGCGGGCAGAAUUCUCCGGACAUCGGACUGUGUUGCAAAUCUAUCAUUCAUCUGUAUUUUGUCCUCGUUGUCCGUGUGGAGUCCCGGGCAACGCGCGGAUUUCCGUUCAAAUCAAC